GUCGUCGUCUUCCCCAUAUAAAGCCUGCCUUCCCAAGUUUAAUCACAAUUUCUCUCUCCUUCUACCCUCUGUAUGUGUAAGAAGACGCCAUUAGAGGAGCUCUAGCUCGGAAGCUUACUGAUCAUGUCGCUGGCGCUCUUGCAUCGACAAUGUUUCCGAGAAAUGAAUGGGGCGGGACCCUCGCCACUGCCGGAGACAACUUCUGAAAUGAGCAAUGGCUCGGAGGAAGAAGGGCUGGCCCGGCAGAAGCUGUCGAAUCAAGCCAGUCACCCACCAGCUCUGCCGACAAAGGGGUGCUCCCUUUCCGCAGCUGCAGCACCACCCUGGCUCCUCUCCUCUCUUGCCGAUCUUAAUGAAAAGAUGGGAUGGAUGGCUGUAAACAACCCUGAACAGGAUGACACGGGAGAGACCUUCGCCCAACGAGCCGAGUCUUACUACCAAAAGCGACCGCAGCUCCUAGCUUUCCUUCAGGACCUUUACAGGGCGUACAUCUCUCUUUCGGAUCGCUACGUUCAACUGCUGUCAAAGAAUAACCGAGCCCAACAUAGCCGCCAGUCUUCCCAGGUUUCCACUAUAACCACCGACAACGACUCUUGUUCGUCGGAGAAUGAUCACAGGGAAGAUCACUCUGAUGCCGAGAGCUCACUCUCGUUCCAACAGCCUCUCCAACCUUAUCGUAGUUCAUGCGAGCUUUUCAACUUUGAUGUUCUGGUUGCGGAGAUUGUGAUAAAAAAUGUGGAGUGCGACAUUCUACUUCAUGAGGUAGAGAUCAGCAGCCGUAAGAGCAAUGAUGCAUCAAGGAAGAUUGAGCUGCAAAGGAGCCUGCUUGAGGUGUUGGAAUCAGAAAGGCUGAUACUGUUGAACGAGAAUGCAAGGUUGGGGUACAGAAUGAAUGCCCUGAUUGAGGAGAACCGGGAACUGGGGGCAGAGUCCAUGUUCGUGAAGACGAAGGCGGGCGAGUUGGCCCGAAGCUUACUCAAGUUGAAGGAGGAUCAGAGAGUCUGCGCGCUGAGCCGUAAGAUCGAGGAUCUCCAGGGGCAGAUUCAUGGGCUGGAGAAGAGGAACAAGGAGUAUUACGAGCAGCUCGUGAGGAGGGAGCUCGAGGCCGAAGUCGGGAAGGGAAAGAAGGGGAAGAGGGACGGGAAGAGCGGGAGCAGCAGAGAGGUGGAUCUGGACGUUUGCUUCCAGAUGGAGAGGUUCAAGUUGAAGCCAAGCCUUCGGGUUGAAGAGGGGAAGGUGUUUGGGUGGUGGGAGAAGAUCAAGAGGAUGGACAUCUUCAUGUGCGGGACUAUGCCUACCGGUCACGGCUGUUGAUGAUCUCUCAAGAUCCAACUGAUCGGAACAUUAUUAAAAGAAAAAGUAAAAUAGUUCUCUCCCUCUCAGAAUCUCUCUUCAUAUUAUGAUCGUGGCAGUAUUUCUUCGGCUGUGGAGAUGGCCUGUAAACUUGAAAUGCUAUUAAUAUAAUUGUAUAUCAAUCGCUAGGCUUUUCUUUUAGAUGGCCUGUAAACUUGAA